UGCCAAACACCAUGUCCGCCCUCCUCCGCGCCGCGCGCGCCCCCCCGUCGCUCCGCGCCCGCGCGCUCGCCGUGCUCCCGCGCUUCCUCUCCGCCGCCUCAUACCCCUCCGACCGCAAGUACAAGGCGUCGCACGAGUGGGCCAAGCUGGAUGGCGACGUCGCCACCGUCGGCAUCACGGACCACGCACAGGCCGCCCUGGGCGACAUCGUCUUCGCAGACCUGCCCGAGGUCGGCUCCGAGGCCAGCGCCGGCGAGCGCGCCGCCACCGUCGAGUCCGUAAAGGCCGCCGCUGACAUCUACGCCCCGCUCUCCGGAGAGGUCGUCGGCGUUAACGAUAGCCUCGACGAUAGCCCCGACCUCAUCAAUAAGACCCCCCACGACGACGGAUGGAUCUUCCGCAUCAAGGUUAACGACCCCGCCCAGAUCGACGCCCUCAUGGACUCUGCCGACUAUGAGAAGACCAUCGCUGAGGAGGCCGAGUAG